UGCGGAACUAAACAGGGCAGCGUCUGAGCCCCAGCUAUAAAGGGUGAUUGCCCCAGGCUCCCGGGGCCCAGCAAUCUGCCAAUAGCCUGAGGAGAUGAGGACCGGCUAUCCAGCUCGCUGACUCCGCUACUCCGUAAUUUCCAGCUCCCCUCCCUCCUCCCCUCCCGCCGCCCGGGUCAGCCACACACUGGGCGCCCAGCUUGCCCCUGGCCCCCUCGCAGCCGCUGAGGGGUUAAGAGGGAUGAACUGGAUAACUACUUUCCAAUGGCCUCCUCUUCCUCCCUGGAACUAAGGACCCUUGGCAAUGGGUCCAGGGCCCCCAAACAAACACUCUCACAAUGGACAUCAGCACCAGAAAGAAGGCCCAGCCCCUCAGUCCUGCAGAGAGAGGGAAUCGAGAAUACUUGCUUUUCUGAGGAGGAGGAACAAGAGACCUGUUUCAAGAAUCAACAGGAGACUGUGCCUGGCAGCUCAUCCAGUCCACAUGGGGAUGGCCCCUCACACCUCCAUUCCCGGAGGGACGACCUUUCCCCAAGGUCAGAAGAGGGCUUGGGGGCCGAGGCUACUGGUCACUCAGUGGACUAUGGGUUCAUCUUUGCCUUGGUCUUCUUGGUGAGUGGAAUUCUCUUGGUGGUGGUAGCUUAUGCUAUUCCCCGGGAAGCCAGGGUCAACCCGGACACAGUGUCGGCCCGGGAGAUGGAGAGAUUGGAGAUGUAUUAUGCCCGCCUAGGCUCCCACCUGGACAAGUGUAUCAUUGCUGGCUUGGGUCUCCUCACUCUGGGGGGCAUGCUGCUGUCUGUCCUACUGAUGGUGUCCCUCGUCAAAGGAGAACUCUACCGGAGGAGGAACUUGGCUGUAUCCAGGGGUCCUCGGAAAACCUAUGGCUCUAUAAACCUGAGGAUGAGGCAGCUUAAUGGGGAUGGGGCCCAGGCCCUGGUGGAAAAUGAGGUCGUCCAGUUGACAGAGACUUGCCCAAUCCAGCCAGGGACCUUCACUUCUCUCUCCCCUUCCUCAAGCAUGUGAGAUGACAGGUAGCACAGUUGCUACAGGGUUGGGUAAAUGGAUAGGACAGGUUUGCAUAUCCUGUCAGUGUCUAAACCCUAUCUUCAGUCCCUUAGGAGAAGUUUAUUUAUGUGGACAACUGGUCCUGGAAUCCCAGGAAACACAAAGCUUUCAGAUUCUGGAUGGGGCCAGAUUAUAACCUGAGGUAAUGAAAGGUACCAUCAAUAAGCUUGUGUUAAGGGUCCAAUCCAGUCCAAUGAGAUUUUGCUACCAUAUAUUUCCCAGUGUGGUUCAAUGAUAGGAAGAACUUCAAAGCAGCUAACAGUUACCUGUGCCAUAUUCUAGGCUCCAUCCUCGUGGAAAAUGAUGAUUUGUAACCAGCAGUUGUCUACUCCUCUUACCGAACUAUCCAAAGUGAGGUGGCCAUGAUCUCCUGGUCUAUCCUCACUGCAUAAAGAGCACAGAGUGGUCUUGUUUCAGAUCUUAGGGUCUAAUUUUCUGCAUUGACAUAAGCAGUGAUUUCUUAGCAAUAGUGACUUCUUAGCAAAUAUUUUAGGGGCACAGACCUGAGGAAUGAGGUUCUCUUUAAUACAAGGACAUGAUGUGUUUAGGGGCAUUUCAUGUGGCAAAGUGUUUCUCUUCUUGGCAAUACCCAUUAUGAUUCUAGGAGAAGAAAAGAAGGAUAGAUAUUGAAUCAUAAGCCUUCCCUGUACUAGCAAAAUGCCACCCUCGUUCUUUUUAAGGGGAAAAUGUUUUGGCCAUCUCUCCAGAAUCAAUCAGUUUCAGAGUUAAUCACACUUACAUACUCUCCACUUUUCACAUAGUGUUUCCCUCACUCUGCUUCUAGUUCCAGAUCCUUUCUGCUGCUUUUGGGAAAGAAUAACUCUAAUACUAAAAGGAACUGCAUCUUUGGAAAAUUGAAGGAAUGUUGAGCUAGAAAGCAAGAGAUAAACUCCUUUCUGAGCCUCACUCAAAGGCAGAGAGGGCUGGAAAGAUGAAAAGCACAUCUUUUUUUUUUUUUCCUUUUUUUUUUUUUUACUGCAUGGAUAGUUUGAAGUCAGUUUUCCUGGAACUCAAAGGGUCUAGAGACAUUAUCUAGUCCAUCACAUUUUCUCCAAGAAGGAGCGCAUCUAUAUACUAUUCUCCCAAAUGAUAAAGGGUCUAGAGAUGUCCUCUAGUCCAUCCCCAAAGAUCUGUAGGAAGGGAAGGUGGUUUAUAAGGGUUAAUAAGGGAAUGGCUCUGGCAGAUAAAAUAUAUAUUUUUGUUUCUGGCUUAGCUUGGGGAGCAAGAAUUUGUUCACAGAAUCACAAAAUGUGAGAACUGAAAGGGAGCUUUGUGGACCAAUUAGUCAAAUCCAAGAACAAUGCCUUAGGACAAUAAAACUUUCUCCAACAUGUAUGGGGUUCCAAAUUCUACAGUGGUCAUAGGGUUCCAAAUUCUAUCAUGCUCAUGGGGUUUCAUGAGUGUCAGUAUCUUCCUAGGUUCAAUGAAAAUUGGUCACAUCCCCCAGCUCUCAUAGUUAAGCUACAAUAGAAUGUGAAGUAAUUUUAACCUGGUGUCCUCAUGAAGGGAUAUAGACCUCUAAAUCCAACAAUAAAAAAAAAUAAUCAUACCAACUGUAUUAAUUUCUGUGACAGGAGACCUUUUUGGGUAUCCAAAUAAUAAACCUGUUAAAUCUGGGACCAUCAAUUCCUAUCAAUUUAGCUGUGAUGAAAUGUGUUUAGGGGCUUUUUAAAGAUUAAAUCAGAGUCUUAGAAAUAUGCCUUGCAUCUUUUUGCAAAACCGCUUAAGAGAAAGCAUUUAAUGGAAUUAGGCAGUUAACUCAUAAAUAAUAAUAUGUAAUCCCUCACAUUUAGUUAGUACUUCACUAUCACAACGUAUUUUUUACUUAUAUCUCAUUUUAUCCUCACAAUCCAUCUGUUAAAGUGUAAUAUGUGUACUAAGAACCCUAUUUUAUAGAUAAAAGAAAUUGAGGCUUAGAGAAUGGGAGAGGCUAGAAAACUCCAGGGCUCUAGUCUGUUGUGACCACCCUCCAACUGUUUCUAUGAUGUAUCUAACCUGUACGGACCCUGUACAGGGUCACUUGCCUGCUGGAGAUGGAAGGGAAAGGAGAAGGAGCCACACACCUUCAUUGACACUGCUGGGGAAAGAACCAUAUUUAAAAACCGUAAAUUUUCUAAAUGGAGAGGACCCUAGAAAUCAUCUAGUGGAACUCCUUUAUUUUUAUGGAUUCAGCUCAACUUAAACACACACACACACACACACACAUCAAAAACACUGAGUUCUUA